AAGAAAAAAAACUUGUAGAGAUUUUCUCGGAAACCAAACAUGUCUUUCUACGUGGGUCUUUUUCUGGGUAUUUCAUUUGGUAUCGGAUUAAUAUUCGGUUUCGCUCGGUAUGAGAAAAUCAGAUCCAAGCGUCGCUCCGAUUUGGCAACAACUAUUGCCGCUUUCGCGCGUAUGACAGUUGAAGAUUCAAGAAAAAUUCUUCCACCUGAGUUCUACCCUUCUUGGGUUGUCUUUACUCAAAGACAGAAGUUAACUUGGCUUAAUGUUCAACUUAAAAAAAUAUGGCCAUAUGUAAAUGAGGCAGCAUCAGAGCUAAUUCGAAGUUCUGCUGAGCCAAUUCUCGAACAAUAUAGAUCAGUUAUCUUAUCAUCUCUCAAGUUUUCAAAGUUGACUCUUGGUACUGUGGCUCCACAAUUUACAGGGGUUUCAAUUAUUGAAGGUGAUGCUAAGGGAAUCACGAUGGAAUUGGAAAUGGAAUGGGAUGGAAACCCUAGUAUCAUACUUGAUGUUAAAACUAGAGUCGGCAUUGGAUUACCUAUACAGGUCAAAAAUAUUGGAUUCACGGGAGUUUUCAGAUUAAUUUUCAAACCACUAGUUAACGAGUUUCCGUGUUUUGGGGCUAUUUGUUAUUCUUUGAUGGAAAAGAAAAACAUGGACUUUACACUCAAAGUUGUAGGUGGGGAAUUAUCAGCAAUUCCUGGAAUUUCUGAUGCUAUUGAGGACACGAUACGAAAUGCUAUUGAAGAUUCCAUUACUUGGCCAGUUCGGAAAAUUAUACCCAUCUUACCGGGGGAUUACAGUGACCUAGAAUUGAAGCCUGUUGGAACAUUAGAGGUGAAGCUGGUACAAGGAAAGGGGUUAUCUAACAAAGAUAUCAUCGGGAAAUCUGAUCCUUAUGCUGUGUUAUUCAUACGCCCACUGCCCGACAAAAUGAAAACUAGCAAAAUAAUUAGCAACCAAUUGAAUCCAAUCUGGAAUGAACACUUUGAGUUCAUUGUUGAAGAUGCAUCGACCCAACACUUGACAGUAAGAGUUUUUGAUGAUGAAGGGCUUCAGCCUUCUGAAUUCAUUGGUUGUGCUCAAAUCGCACUGAAGGAUCUUGAACCUGGUAAGGUCAAGGACGUGUGGUUGAAACUGGUCAAGGAUUUGGUGGUUCAGAGGGAUACUAAAGACAGAGGUCAGGUGCACUUGGAGCUUUUAUAUUGCCCUUUCGGCACAGAGAGUGCAUUUAGAAAUCCUUUUAACCCCGAUUUCCAGUUGACUGAACUGGAAAAAAUUCUUAAAACAGGAAUUGAUCAAACAGAAGCUGCUGAUAUUGCAAAAUCUGGAGUUCAGAAGAAAAGGAAUGUAAUCCUUAGAGGAGUUCUUUCUGUGACAGUAAUAUCUGCUGAAAACUUGCCAUCUGUUGAUAUAAUGGGAAAAUCGGAUCCAUAUGUUGUACUUAUAAUGAAGAAAUCCGAACAGAAAAGCAAAACUCGGGUUUUAAUUAACACCUUGAAUCCAGUUUGGAACCAAACAUUCGACUUUGUAGUUGAGGACGGGUUACAUGAUUUACUAAUUUUGGAAGUUUGGGAUCACGACACGUUUGGGAAGGAUAAGAUGGGGGAAUGCAUCAUGACACUCACUCGGGUCAUAUUAGAAGGGGAAUUCACAGACACGUUCACCAUAGAUGGGACUAAAUCAGGAAAGCUACAUUUGCAUCUCAAGUGGACUGCACAGCCAAUACUCCGCGAUUCUGAAUGAAUUAGAUAUCCCAAAAGGGUAAUCUUCUUGGUAACAAAAUCUGUAUUAUAAGUUUUAUAUGAGUUCUUGAGAUGAUGAUGAGCUUGUUCAAGUCCCUUAAUGGAAUGGGAAUUGAUUUAAUGGUAAGGCAAAUUUAGAGGGAAUACAAAGUUACAUAUUGAUUUGACGUGCAAAGAGAGAGAUACAUGCUUUUGUAGAUAAUAGUAAUUCAAUAGGAAUUUUAUUUUAUAUGUAAUUUCUCAAGAAAAUUAUGUAUUUAUGAGCUUCUUCUUACUUCA